UUGAACAGUUGCAGGCUGCUUUCAGUGCAAGUUGUUGUUAAUUAGUUGCUUCAAGAUAUCUUUCUUUUCUGUCACAAAAUGUUUCCAUAACUGAUAUGUUGUUCUUUGAUUUCAUCAAAGUCUUUAAAAACAAUAUUGCAUCUUCUCUAGAGAGGGUUCCCAAAGCUUUCUUUUCUGUUGAUAUCAUCAGUAGUGCUUUUCUGCAAGUCUUAAACCUUUGCAACCCCCUCUCACCUCACUCUUGGGUUCUUUUAUUGCUUUUGAAGUACCUGGAUAUUCAGUGUGACUCUGCCAGCAGCUCCAGCUGACCCAGGUUCUGCACUACAGUUCAGUUUGGGAUGACAGAGUGUCAUUUGCUUAAGGCAGAAGACUUGGGGGGAAGCGCCUUGAAUAAGGGUUCCUUGUAUGUAUCUUUCCUUUGGGGGAACCCGAAUUUCUUCAGAGUCCUCCACGGUUUGUGUCACAGAUUGUGUGUGAGAAAGCCUUCCCGAGGAUCGGCGAGGGUCCCGCGGCGCCGGCGCUCCAAGUCUCCGGUCCUGCACCCUCCCAAGUUCACCUAUUGCAACAUGAAAGCCAACAGCCAGCUGAAGCACAAACCCCAGGCAGACACUUCGAAGGGUGUCGUCAGCUCAGAUGUUUUUGUCCCAGCAGAACGUGGUACGAAGGACGGGCAGGAUUCUCACCUUGAGGCCAGUAACGACAGAACUGAACCGUUGGAAGCUUUCACCGCCGAAGAGCCUUUGCAGCAGCUGGGGGAGAACUGCCCUGCUGUCUCCUCAUCCUUUGAGAACAGCUUGCAAACCUCAGAUUUCCAGUCCUUAUCCAUGCUUAGCAACGGCAGGCAGUGCCCUUGUACGGACAGGAAGUGCCAGUGCCAGCAGUGGCGCGCCAUGGAGGUGUACUCCUUCUCCGGCCUGCGCAGCGUCCUGUCCGAGUGCGAGAAGGCUGUCCUGGGAGCCCAUGCCCACUCCCUCCAGAACAGAUCUCCCUCUGGGACAGCCUCAGCAAGCUCUCACAGGUCUUGUUCUGAGCAAGCUCGAGCCUUUGUGGAUGACGUGACUAUUGAAGAUCUUUCGGGAUACAUGGAAUACUACUUAUAUAUUCCCAAGAAAAUGUCUCACAUGGCAGAGAUGAUGUAUACUUGACUGUAAGCAAUAGAGAAUCCUGAAGCAGAAUUUGAUACAAUGGUUGGGCUAAUUGCCUUGUCAGUGCCAUGUUUUCACUGUUGUGUGUUUGAUUAAAUGUUUCUUUGCCUCAUACAGUUUAGUUUUCUAAUAAAAUGAAAAAUGAAAUAUAGUUUCUGAGCUUAGUUCUAAAAAGAAUGCACUAAAGUCUCUGAAUACCUUAACAAAAGCACUCUAGGUCAAAUGAGCUCUGUUUGGUUUUUGAUUUGUGCUGUGGAUAUUGAAGCUCUGCUGUUUUCACUAUGUUUUGGAAAAAACCAAACAAAACCAAAAAAAACUUCUAUUUUUUUUCUGAUAUUUUGGCGUGUUUGGAAUGUUCAUUCUUAAUGUAUCUCCGUACUUAGAGAAAAGUUUCACAGCUACAGCUCCAUCCUCUAUCCUGCUCUAGAGAGAAGGAUGAGAAGGCAUUCAGCAUUUUGGAUAGGAUGAAUCUCCUUUCCUUGAACACUGGCUGACUCCUUUUUUAGUUGGAUCAAGUUGUGAAUGCUUCUUCCUUACAGUUUUUUUGGGAGGUCCAGAACGUGCGGGUGUGUACUUGGACCCUUCCUUAAUCUAACUCGCUCACUCUUAAGCAGUUCUAUUUUUCUGCAGAUAAGUGAAGCUCUUAGAAGUAAAAAUAUAUUUUGUUAUUUGUGCUUUACAGAUGGAAUAAUUUGGGGGGGAGUGAAGCAGACUACCAGGUUGUUUGGGCUGUGCAGUCUCAGAAGCAGAGAGGGUGGAACCAUCUAUACAGGAUGUUUCUGAGCACAUCUGUUACACAAAGUGGUGUGGAAAGGGGGUGAACAAGAUGUGUGUAUCAUCCUGGCUUUGUGCUGUAGAGCUAUGACAUUCUUGCUGGUUGAAAAUACUGCAAUAAAAAAAUUCUGUUGCCGAGACUUGCAUUAAUAAAUGUUUGUCAAAACCCA